CGUUUUUUUUUUGUUCAUGUCCUGAAGCUAGUAUCGGCUCGUGUUGAACGUAGCAGAUACUUGCAACAGGCAGUUGCUUCGAUAUGUUGCCUUGCAGCAAAAAUUUUGUACGUGAAAUCCUGACUGGCGAUUUGUAUUCCUCCACGUCUUCCAACCGCUGGUGCGGAUCAGAUCGCCCCAAGUUCCAGCCACUGCGCGCCCAGCUGCCAAAGCAUGCUGCACCACAAAGAUUGGGCACACAUGAGUAUCGCCGCUAUUAUAAGGGAGUUGGAGUUCGGCAAAGCCUCGACGGGCCGUUGCGAGUCGAUGACGUGGCUGACGGCACAGCAGAGCCUGCCGAUCUGGAGCAGGCGACUGCCUCGCAAUAUGGUGGGUGCGGGACGGCUCCAGAGUAACAACAAGUGGUUCAAAUACGAUGUCGAGGUGAUCGAGCGCCUCUGGUCGCUCUGGGGUGGACUGCAUCCGCGCUCCACCUGGUUUGAAGGCCUAACGCGGGGCCACCAGACGCUGGCCUGCUGUGUGGUCGCCUGCUGUGCGGCCAGCGUUUUUCGCAGCCUGGGCGAGUGGACGUCCAAGUUCCUCGACGCCAUUGUCAUCAACGGCGACAAAUACUAUCGCAAGAGCCUGCUAAACAGCCGCGGCCACAAAAAGCCGACCGGCCUGAACGAUUUGCCACUGGAGUGCGAUUUCCAGGACAUGCGCUUCAUGGUCCAGCUGCAGCUGGUGGGCUUUGGCCAGCUCUACAGCUCCCCCGCCAGCAAUAUAAUGGGUCUCUACGAGGCGCUCAACUACUUCUUCACCCGCUCUCAAUUGGGCAUACUUGUGUGCCAACAUCGAUAUAUAGCCUUUGGGUAUUCCUCCAGCCGGGACGGUGGCUACUUUCUCUAUGACUGCACCGAGUGGGAUAGGCCACUUUUUCCCGACAACAUGGGCGCCUCCUAUGUCCUGCGUGCCAAGCAGCUGCUGAUGCUUCUCUACUGCAUUGUGGUUACCCUCAAUGUGCGGAAACCUUACGUCGAAUUUCAACUUUAUAGCGUGGAAUCAAACCGCAUUAUGGCUCAUAACGACAGCCAGGAGCUCCACUUAGACAAGAAACCGAGGCAGUAGUAUUGUCACAAUGUUUAAACACAUUUGUUUCGUGGUGGGCAAAUAAAAAAAAACGCGACAAA